UCAGUGAUACCGUGAAUGUCGUCGCCAGACGAGGCAGAGCACGAGACCGAGAAUCACCGUACAGAAAGGAAACGCAAACACAGCGUCGACAUCAGCGAUGGUAAAUAUGACAGUAGCAGUAGGUUUGAGAAAAGACAUAAACAUAAACACAAACAUCAUAAACAUCAUCACCGCAGACAUAGUCACAGUAAUGAACACAGACAGCGUCAUAAGAAGAGCCGUCACAAACACCACCACAGACACAAACAUGAGAGCCUAUCAAGACAGAGAAUACAGUCAAGAUCUCGAUCCAGAUCUCGAGAUAAAGAUGAAGGUGCUGACAUCAACACAGAAGGCGGAAACGUUUCUCGCGUUGGAGAACUUAGACCUACAGACAUUCCUGAAGAUUUGGACUUCUCUGAUGACGACAAUAACUCAUUUCCUCUCUCGAAGGAGACUGGGCUGUUUGUGGAUGCUGUUUUUCCAGAUGCCAGAGUGCAGGUGGAAGAUAAAAGCAGGAAUGGUGGGAUUUUAAAUAGGGAGAAUGUAACCAAAUGUACAUACAAAUCGUUAGAGAAUGAUUCGGAUGCUGUUGAUCGUAAAGAUAAAAUUAUCAUCGAACUUAAGCGAUCGACUGGAAAAUCAAAGAAACAGUCUAUUGAAAUGUCAAGCACCAGAGAAGUGACACCUCGUGAAAGCACAGGCAUUGGUGCUUGGAUGUUUACAUCAACAAGGGAUCGGUCUGAUAUAAAGCAUAGGGAACGAUCGACUCGUACUAAAACAAGCUCAAGAGAUAAACAUUCGUCAACUAAGAAGCAAAAGCAAUCACAGACUGCAUCACAUGAACGUCGUAAGAGUUUGGCAUCUAUUAUUCAAGUAGGUGGUAAGACUGUGGACGAAUACACAAAGAUGUGUCAGGAUAUUGCUGCAGGAACCUACAGAAGUCCUUUCACAGCAAACGAGUCACUACGAAAUCCAUACAACGUGUUAGAUGCUCCAGACAUGACUGAAAUCAUGAAACAGAUACGGCAUCGUGUCGGCAUAGAACUCGGUAUUUCAUCAUCUCUUGAUGAAGUGUUUCCCGUCUCUUGUGGAUAUGAUCAUAGAGCACACGAGGGUAUUGACCUAACAAAAACUGGCAUCACGUCGUCGGUACCAGCAGAACUAGGCCAUCUUGUUAUCUCACGCUUUCAGGCAGAAAUGAGAUUACUGAGCAAUCCUAACAACAUGGAGGCACGACAGAUUUUAUGGCAAGUCGAACAGAAGCUGAUUGAAUGGCAUAGAUCUCACAGAGGUAAACAUUACUCGGGUCAAAAGGUGACCUUUCUUUCAGCCGAAGAGUUGAAUAGUGGAAAGCAAGCAUGGGCUAGACCGGACAUGUUGAGCAAUCUAAAUCCUGUCAAAAGUGAUUUUGGUGAAAAAGUGAUGUCAAAGAUGGGAUGGCGACAAGGUGAGGGCCUAGGAAAGUCAAAUCCUGGAAACGUGGAUCCUCUCAUUCUUCGAGUAAAGACUGAUCGCAAAGGACUGGCAACCGAGGAUGAGCAAACAAGCAAGAAGGCUAAGAUUCCAAUCAUUCAUGAAGUGGGAGGCAAACAUCCCGUUUCUCUGCUUAUGGAGUUGUGUGCGCAGAAAAAGCUGAAUCCACCCGACUUUGAAACAGCCUUGGAUGGCGGACCAGCACACAGGAAGGUCUUCCGGUACAAGGUUAAGCUUGGUGGUCGUGAGUUUGAAGCUCCAGUGGUUAGUAAUAGCAAGAAGCAAGCAAAAGCUUUAGCAGCAAUGGCUGCAUUAGAAGGAUUAGGGGUCAUCAAGCCCCAAGGCAAUGCAGGUGUUAGUACAUAACAUUAUUGUUAUAAUUUUGUUUGUAAGUAGAUGUUAUGUUUGGUUGUAAGAAAUAUUUUGUUACUCAA